AGGUUCCCCAAGAGUCGAGCUACUGCGUCGUUGUGUUCUUUGGUAAUAUCACAAUUGUUGCUCUCAGAGAGGAGAGUAAGGGUUUCGUCGAGGCAUAGUUCAUAGCCAUAAAAAAGUAAAGAUGACGUCGCAACAGGCUGUGAGCCUUUAUGAGCCCGUGGCGAAACGGACCCGCGCCGCUAUGAAAUGGCGAGACUGGAAGAACCUGCCGACCGAUCUGGUCAUGGACAUCGCCGACCGACUGCUCACCUUGGACGUCGCCGAGUACCUCCGCUUCCGGGCUGCGUGCAAGCCCUGGCGUGACUGCACCGACAACCCCCGCGCUGGCGACGGAAUGGACGCCCGCUUCCGCCCGCGCGACUGGAUCGUGCUCUACCGCUGCGGCCACCCGUCGGGCCGCACCCUCGUGAACGUGGCCACCGGUGCCCGCGCCAACGUCGACUUCCCCGAGCUCGCCACCAGCCACCAACUAGGCACUGCCGACGGUCUCCUCGUCCUCCUCCACGAGGGCGGCAACGACGUCAGUGUCCUCAACCCGCUCACCGGCGCGCUCAUCCGGUUCCCGCCCCUCACCGUCGACCCGGCCGACCACCCCUUAUGCCUCCUGACGCUCUGGCCCCGGGUGGACCCAAGAGGGAUCACCGGCGCGGGCAUCGACGACUCAACGUCGCCGUGCACGCUCAUACUCUGCCUCCGACCGGGGGCGUAUCCGAUCGUCUGCGCCAAGCCCGGCGACGAAAACUGGGUGUACGGGCGCGUCGCCAAGCAGGGCAUCGCCCACAUGGUAUCACUAGUCCAGUCGCCGGUGACCUUGGGAGGGCGUUGCUACUUCACGACGGUGUCCGGCAGGAUAAUGUCGCUGGAUCUGAGCUCGGGGUCUCCAUGGCCUCUCAUGAAGUUCCUCCUCGACGAGGACCCGCCGGUGACCGCACAAACCACCUCCUUCCUCGUCCGGUCCCAGGACAAGAUGCUGAUGGUGCGCUACAUGUUCGGUGCCAACCUGAUGCGGGGAGGUGGCUACAACGAGACGGAGAUAUUCAUGUGGCGCGGACGCCGAUGCCGCGUGGAGGUGUUUGAGGUGGACAUGGCGAGGAGACGGCUAGUCCCCCAGAGCGGGGUCGGCAACGACCAUGCAGCCUUCCUCGCGGGGGCUGGCUCUGUCAUGGUGUCCACAAAGAAGUUCCCUAAGAUCGCCGCCAAUUCGGUAUACCUCAACUAUUAUCUGCAACAACUUGGUCAUUUCCGUGCCUACAGCUUCCAGGAUCGGACGACUACGCAGCCUAGAGCCCGCAAAGGUCGAAAUCGCGAGCUUGAUCUUUGUGCUUGCCACUGGGAGCUGGAAGAUUAUCUGAUCCGCAACGUGGCGAACAGUUAUCGCUGAUCUUUUUUUUAAAAG